AUGAAUCUCUUGAGGAGUAUAUUAUUUUCGUAUACUUUAGCUGUUAUUGUUUAUGGUGUAUGGGGAAUUUAUGUUGUUAAAGAUGAGUGCCCCAAAAAUGAAGAGUAUUUACUCUGCGGUUCAGCCUGUCCCUUCAACUGCACGGACCCCAAGGGCCCUGUGUCGUGUUUCGACGACUGUGUCGAGGGCUGCUUCUGCAAGGCUGGCUACUUGAGACAUGGAAAUGGAACCUGUGUUAAUGCUGAUGAGUGUAUCAAUGAGCAAUGUUUCAAUCAGAACGAAGUAUAUGACAUCUGCACGGCUGCAUGCGAGCCAACCUGCGAUGAUCCAGAGCCAAUCUGCUCUAAAGUCUGCGCCGCGGGUUGCGUGUGCGCACCCGGCCUGUUUAGGGACGGGAAUGGGACCUGCAUCAGUGUCGAUAAGUGUCCCAUCACUAAUGGCACUAGUGCUGGUCCGUUGGGGAAAUAUAUCGAUGCUAUUGGCAGGAUACUUCAUUUGUCUGUUGUUUGA